CGGGGGCCAGGGUUGAAUAUUGUUGCGCCUGCCACUUGCGCAAGUAAUGCCUAUCACCCGCAGUGAGCAAAAGCGGGCGCAAAAAGCAGAAAACAGGCAACAGCACUGCAGCUUCGAUCCGUAAACUGCGGCUUCUGACUUUUCAUCGCAACAAUCCAUCAUUCCGUUUGCCUCCAGUUCGGAAGACUCCGCUACAAUCCGUCGCUUCUCUAAUGCCACUCGUUGAAUUCCGCCUGAAGUUGUACUACUUCCACCAGAAAGAGCUCAUCUACCCUAUUCAUCCCGUCCAUUGCAGUAUUUGACCACACUGUCCAUCGUCCCUCGCUUCUUUGUCACUUGGGACCAGCCAGGAUUUCCAGCCAACGCUGAGAUCUUAGACUAGACAGUCGACGAUCACAAGUGCUAUCUAUACCUGUUUGCCAUUCCUUCCUCCAUUUUGCUUGCUUUAGUCAAUGGCAUUGCAUUCUUUCUUCCAUCAUGGACCCUGAUACAACUCAAUUAUCGAAGACAACCGAGGCCUUGCCCGAGUUGACGCCCAAUGUCGAACACACAGAAGCAAUGACACUCGACAACAAAAACUCGGCCGCUGAUACACAAAGUGCGCCAAAUGCUGACGAGCUCGACGAAGAGGCUGCGCUCAAGAAACUUACUGAAAAUGUUCGAGACCAAGACGAUUUGGAACGUGAUAUCACCCUGCAAGCCAGCCGUGCCUUGAUCGAAGCCGAAGACAAACGAGAUCAGAAACGCAUCGAAAAGGCUGAGGCCACUCGUACGAGACUCGAGAACCAGAAGAAAACACAGCAACAGAAACUGCGGCCUGGUAUCACCAAUCCAACCGCACGAUUACGCAUACAACAGGAGAUAGCGCGAAUUGAUGCCGAAAUCGAACUUUGCGACAAAGACAUUGCCGAUUUCCGUGCCCGCAUCGAACAGCGCAACCAGCAGGGCGAGACGGGUACACUGGCCCCGGCCACCGGCAAAAUACUCCCUAACGAGACCCAACGAGAAUAUCUCAUCCGAACGGGCAAGAUCACGCCGUUUGCUAAAUUUGGUGGACCCAGACCUGCCGAGGUUGAGGGUGAUCUCGCCAACGCCAUUGUCGAUGCAGAAGACGAGGCUGUCGCUGAAGAGUUGGAAGAAAAGGAAAACGACGGCCCUCGAUCCCAUCAGAAUCUUCGUCUCCCUGGCUUUGCCGACGAAAAUGAGGUCGCUACCGUAGCUGUCGCAGACGAUUUUUCUCUACGUCCCCGAAAGAGGCGUAGGGUCCAGCCGCCGCCCGAAUCCGACGAUGAGUUUGUGCUGGGAGAGUCUGGAUCUGAAGCGGCUUCUCCUGAGGCCGACGCAUCCGACGAUUACGAUGAUUAUGAAAUGGCGGGCACUACACUCAAGAAGCGGAAGAAAGCAGUCAGAGAAGCCGAUGGUGAUGACAAGGUCGAUCUGACUGGGAUCGAUGAUGGCAACGAAAAAGUCUAUCAAGCAAGACUGAAAGGCUGGGUAACGCGUAGGAGCAAUGCACGACGGGCUCGUCAGCAGAGGCUCGGCCAGCCAAUUGAUAAGGAUGAUGAUGGAACAGAGGAAUGGUUCAAGCCAGCGCCUGACCAGCCUGACCACCAGUUCGAAAACGGGCUGAAAUUGCCAGGUGACAUUUACCCAGCUCUCUUCGACUAUCAGAAGACCAGCGUACAGUGGCUAGCUGAGCUGUACGCGCAGCAAGUUGGAGGUAUAGUUGGAGAUGAGAUGGGUUUAGGAAAGACUGUGCAACUGAUUUCUUUCGUGGCUGCGUUACACUACAGUCAAAAGCUCGACAAACCCGUCAUUGUUGUAGCCCCGGCAACAGUUUUGCGUCAAUGGGUAAACGAGUUUCACCGCUGGUGGCCACCACUUCGAGUAUCCAUCCUUCACUCGUCUGGCAGUGGCAUGCUCAAUGUCCGCAACGAAGGAGCGCUUGAUGACAGAGAGGAUGACUACGGCAAGAGAAAGCCUAAAAAGUCCAGCCAGGCUGCAAAGAAGAUCGUCGAUCGCGUUGUUAAGCAUGGCCAUGUGCUGGUGACAACUUAUGCCGGUUUGCAAACGUACGGCGAUAUAUUGAUCCCGGUCGACUGGGGCUAUGCUGUUCUGGACGAAGGACAUAAAAUCCGAAAUCCAAACACAGCAAUCACCAUUUACUGCAAGGAACUUCGGACGCCCAACCGUGUGAUUCUUUCCGGCACGCCAAUGCAGAACAACUUGACAGAGCUAUGGUCUCUCUUUGAUUUCAUCUACCCCAUGCGACUCGGCACCUUGGUUGCCUUUCGAAAUCAGUUCGAGAUCCCGAUCAAACUUGGCGGUUAUGCCAACGCAACCAACCUUCAGAUCAUGACUGCUCAGAAAUGUGCAGAGACGUUGAAAGAGACCAUCAGCCCCUACCUACUUCAGCGGCUCAAAGUAGACGUGGCUGCCGAUUUACCCAAGAAAAGCGAACAGGUCCUAUUUUGUAAGCUGUCCAAGCCCCAGCGCGAGGCGUACGAGCUAUUCCUCAAGUCGGAUGACAUGACUGCUAUUCUCAACAGGACGCGCCAGUCCCUCUACGGUAUUGAUAUCUUGCGUAAAAUAUGUAAUCAUCCCGAUUUGCUUGAUCCGCGGCUCAAAGAUGAUCCCUCUUACAAGUGGGGCAGUACCAGCAAGUCGGGGAAAAUGGCAGUGGUGAAGUCAUUACUUCCCAUGUGGAAACGUCUAGGCCAUAAAACGCUGCUGUUCUGCCAGGGUACUCAAAUGCUGGACAUCAUCGAGGCAUUUGUGAGGCGCCAGGAUGGCAUCAACUACCUACGUAUGGAUGGCAAGACGCCCGUCAAAGAUCGGCAGACGCUUGUCGACCAGUUCAACAAUGACCCGGACUUACAUCUCUUCCUUUUAACCACCAAAGUGGGCGGACUUGGCACCAACCUGACGGGAGCUAACCGGGUCAUCAUCUUUGACCCAGACUGGAACCCAUCAACCGAUGUCCAGGCCAGAGAACGUGCAUGGCGGUUGGGACAAAAGAAGGAAGUCACUAUCUACCGGCUUAUGACAGCUGGAACCAUCGAAGAAAAAAUCUACCACCGCCAGAUCUUCAAGCAGUUCCUGUCAAACAAGGUGUUGAAGGACCCGAAGCAGCAGACCUCAUUCAACUUAAAUGACCUUCAUGACCUGUUCAGUCUAAGCUCGUAUGAAGACGGGAAGACCGAGACAGCAGAGCUAUUUAAGGGCAGUGAAGUCAAACGCCUGCCUUCAGGACCCACGGAGAUAGUCUUGCCUGGUAACGACACGCCGGUUCUCCGGGCCCCUGGAGCCAGCAAACCAGUGGAAGUCAAGGACGAAUCCACAAGUGAGGACGAGACAAGCAACCUCCGUCAUCUUGAAGGAGUUGCAGGAUUGGAAACAUUCAACGACGAUGGACCGGCCCCUGCACCGAACGAGGAGGACCGUUUGAUGGAGGGUAUCUUUGCACGUUCUAUUCACAGCGCUCUUGAACACGACGAGAUCAUGAACGGCAAAAAGCCAACGGUUAAGGCAGACCGCAGAAUUCUCCAAGCAGAAGCGGAUCGAGUUGCUGCUCAAGCGGCCUUGGCUCUCCGCCGUGCGGGUGAGGAAGCCAGAAAUGUGCCCAUCGGCACGGUCACUUGGACGGGCGAGUACGGCGAAGCUGGUCGUCCGGCGCCCCGUCAUGAACGCGGAGGUUUCAGCUCAGUAGGUGUUCGCGGUGCAGCAGGCGGUGCAGGUCCGUCGAGAGCAUCGAGACCGGCAACACCGUCUGAUAAAAGGAACCUGAAAGCAGAGGACUUUGAAAGAAUGAUUCCGGCGUUCAUUAAACGACAUGGUGGCAGGGUCCCAUCGAAGUCGCUCGUCGACCACUUCAAUCACUAUUGCACGGGAGCGAGGCAGGCAGAUAUGUUCAAAAUUGCUCUGGAGAAGGUGGCCAAGUUGGAGAAGAAGGGGUCGAGCAUGCGGGGCAUUUGGACUGUUCGUCCGGAGUAUCAUUGAUGUUCUUUCGGACGAUACACAGAUAACGUUCACAUUGGCAGCCAGAGGUAUAAGGGCGGUUUUGAUCUCGAAAUUGCCAAGACGGACUGGAACCCUGAAUUACAUCAAUGGAUUUGUACAAGAUCUAGAUGGUGGUCUGAAAAGAUUAUGGAGGACACUAUUGGGGUAUGUAUGUCUGGGAGCUUACACCUCCUUGGAAGAGAGUGGAUGGGUUAUCGCGUCGCCUUUUCGUUGCGUUUAUGAUACCAACGUAUGUAACUUU